AUGUACUCUGCAAUACACUCACUGCCUUUGGAUGGACAUGGGGAGUUUCAAGCUGCAUUAGAUGGGACUAAUCUACCUGGGGAUGCGUGCUUGGUUCUCACUACGGAUCCAAAGCCAAGGCUUCGCUGGACUGCUGAGUUACAUGAGAGAUUUGUUGAUGCUGUUGCCCAACUUGGUGGACCUGAGAGUUUGGAUUUUUAUACUUCUAGUAGGGCUUCAUUACCAGUAGCAGAACUAUGGAAUGUAAUAGAUCUACUUCUAGAAGCAACACCUAAGACAAUUAUGAGAACAAUGGGGGUAAAAGGCCUCACCCUUUAUCACUUGAAAUCUCACCUACAGAAAUACCGGUUGGGAAAGCAGUCCUGCAAGGAAUCAACUGAUAAUUCCAAGGAUGUUGGGAUUGCAGCAUCAGUUGCUGAAAGUCAGGAUACUGGUUCAUCAACAUCGGCAUCAUCAAGAAUGAUUGCACAAGAUCUUAAUGACGGUUCCCAGGUUACUGAGGCUUUGAGAGUGCAGAUGGAAGUCCAACGAAGAUUGCAUGAGCAGCUGGAGGUGCAACGUCGUCUCCAAAUUCGGAUUGAAGCACAGGGGAAAUACUUACAGUCGAUACUUGAGAAAGCUUGUAAAGCUCUGAAUGAUCAAGCUGUUGCGACUGCAGGACUUGAAGCUGCUAGAGAAGAGCUUUCUGAAUUAGCAAUCAAGGUUUCCAAUGAAUGCGCAGGAAUUGCCCCACUUGAUACAAUGAAAAUGACUUCUUUAUCAGAACUUGCUGCAGCUUUAGAGAACAAAAAUGCUUCCAAUGUGCUCACUCGCAUUGGUGAUUGCUCUGUCGAAAGCUGCUUGACUUCAACUGGGAGCCCAGUUUCUCCAAUGGGUGUGGGCUCACAGGUUGCUUCCACAAAGAAAAGAUCAAGGCCUGUGUUUGGUAAUGGAGAUUCAUUGCCCUUCGAAGGCAACAUUCGGCAAGAAGUAGAAUGGACUAUGAGCACAUCUCACCCUUGCCCUUCUUUGAAGUCCUUGUCAUCCAAAAUAGGAGGGUGGUUGUUUUGCCAUUGUGGAUCACCAAACAAAUAUAAGAGGUUGGAUGCAAAGCUUGAAAAGAAGAUGAUUGAACUCAAGAGAAGUUCGUCAGGGAAGACGAAUUUUAAAUCAAUGAAUAGUAUAAUCCUGAGGUUUCCUCAGUUGAAAGAAGAACUGAAACGCAUGAGAGGGGUAUUUGAACAGUAUGAUGAAGAUGCAAAUGGUUCGAUCGACAUCGACGAACUCAAAAAAUGCUUACAGAAGCUGCAGCUCAAUCUAAAAGAGGAGGAAGUUGAGGAUCUAUUCCACUCCUGUGACAUUGAUCAAAGUGAGGGGAUACAAUUCAAUGAGUUCAUUGUUCUUCUAUGUCUCAUCUAUCUCCUAGUAGAACAUUCAUCCUCUCCUCUAAGAGCGUCAAACAUGGGUUUGCCGGAGCUCGAGGCAACUUUCGACACAAUGGUUGAAGCAUUCUUAUUUUUGGAUAAGAAUGGUGAUGGAAAGCUGAACAAGAAAGACAUGGUCAAAGCACUGAAUGAGGAUUCUCCAUGGGAGAGAUCCCCAGCACAUAUCACCAGAUCUAGAUUUAAAGAAAUGGACUGGGACAGGAAAGGGAACGUUAGUUUCAGGGAGUUCCUCUUUUCUUUAAUCAAUUGGAUUGGGAUGGAUGCUGAUGAAGAAAUUCCUAUAAUGGGAAGUUAA